CGUAGUACGCGAUAUUUCUACCGUUUCACCACACACCAAUCCCAUCACCAACAUCAACACGAUCCACAACACAUGCAACCAACUGCUUCCAUCGGUACAUUGAAAACAGGUUUCGUUUUGCGUUUCAUCUGAAAGGCUCCAACACACUGCACUAAAAUGGCGGACAACAAUUCUUCCAAAAAAGAGGAAGACGCAGAACGAGAGAGGAAACGGAGAAAUGCGCACAAACGAAUGGGGAAAAUCCUCACCAAGGCCUGGGAAUUGCCCAAUGCCGAGCCCUUUCAGACGUAUCAAUACCACGGCGACGACGACGAAAAAGGAAAGAGCAGCAUUCUCUGUCUGACGUCGCUGGGAAUAAAGGUAGACAAGAAAGGCUACGGCUACGGAAAAGAAGGAUGGGAAGACUUUGCGAGAGACAUUGGGGGUAUUUACGCAUUGCAUCUGAAACGGUACGUGUGUUUUGUCUUUGUGUUGCCUCCGGGGCGUGAUUGAGUGUUUCUACCGCGAAACGUCCGAACUUGCCGUCUCGUGAUCUCGGAACCUGCAAACGAAUCCACCCAACUCACCCCGUCGAGGACCGAUGCUUUCUCUGUCUUAUUUGCCGUGGUGGUACCGUUCGUUGCCCCUCCCCCACGCAGAAAAACGAAGCAUGCCAAGCUCGCCGACAAGCACCUCGAGCGGGUCUGCGGAAUGCUUUCCGAGCGGAAGGACUACCUCGCCCAGGCGGCUCGCAACGCCCCCGUUCCAAGGAUCGAGAAGCGCCGGUCGGCGGCGUCCUCGGGCGGCGGCUCGGCCAAGAAGCGAAAGACCCCCUCGAGGACGCCAGCGGAAAAGAAAGCCGGCGAAAGCGUCGCCGCUUCGUCUUAUAGCACGACGGGCAGCAAGGACGAGCUCGCGGACCGGGAGCAGCGGGGGAUGGAGAACCUUGUAGCCUUCAUCGAGAAAGAGGGGGGCGAUCGGGGGAUGGUGGAGAACUAUCGGUGCCGGGUGACCGUGAAGCCCUCGGACGGACGGUUCGACGUGAAUUUUUUCAACGAGCACGGCAAGCGGUUUCGUUCCAUGAUCGAGGUAGGUAGGUUUCUCAAUCUGGUAGACAACAAAUCGGGUCCUUCGUCGAGCAGGAGAUCGGCGGCUGCGGCCGGCAUCGGCAACCUGAAAAAGAAACGCAGGCGGGUGGGCGGAUCCAGCACCGCCAGCAGUGCAAAACAAGUCGAGGCGGAAAAGAAACGGCUGCGAAAGGAGCUUGACCGAUUGAGGAAACAGUACGGUCGGGCAACGAAAGCACUGGACACCUUUUUGGAAGACGACAAAGACGCCCAAUACCCGGUGGACGAUUCCGUUUUGCAAGAAGAGGUGGCUGCCGAAACCAAUGCGUCCGGCGCGGACACAGCAGUUCUUCCAACCAACUGUCCGGCGGCUCGAAAUCCCGACAUCGACUCUUUCCACGGACUUCCAAAGCAUUGUAUGGCGGAGGCAUUGCAAGCAUGGGAUUUCCUUUGCACAUUCUCUCGAGCCCUGAGCCUCCAGCCGAUUCCUCUGGACGACUUUUUGGAGUGCAUUAAUUACGUUCCUCCUCCACAGGCCAUCGACAGCGACACAUAUAGUGCCCCCCCGGUAUAUCUCGGCGAAGCUCACCUCGGACUUUUGAAACUCAUACUUGGAGACCCUAGCAGUGAUGAUUGGUGGUGGUCGAUUCUAGAAACAGAACAAUCCGAAAAUGCCGUCCUUGCCAACAAGGAUGCUACAAAAGGCGCAAACGUGAAGGAGGAAGAGAGCGAUCUGCCUCUCAUUCGGAUAAAUUUUGCGGCACUGCUGGCCGAUCCAGAAGACCCAUUGAUAACAAACAGUUGGCUUCGAGCAUUGCAGCCGAUUCGAAACAUGGACUCUGCCGAUGCGGCAUCGAUGAAGAAGGCGUUGGACGAAGCUACCAACGUGGUCGCGAAUAGGUGGGUGCUGGCGUUUUUCCGAAAGGCUAUCAAACUGGGAAAGACAAGUGGUCCAAGCUUUAUGAAACAAGCUGUUCUCUGGUUGCUCGACAAGGUCACCGAAGCCAAGCCCGAGUUGUCAAGAACCAGCAAGGCCUCCGAUGUUUUGAAGAAGCGAGCCCAGGUUGUCGAGGAAGUGGAACACCAAAUGGAGAAGUUAAGUUCUGCUACCCUGACCGUAAACGAGGAAGACCUAGCUUCCGAUGCGGAAGAAGACGAAGAUUCCGACGACGAAAGCCAUGCUGACAAUGAUAAUUUCGAGCACUCCAACAAAGCUUUGGACGCGUACACCGAAGAAGAUCAACCUGCGUCCUACAUUCCGAAGAAACCCCAGCCGACCCUUGUCGAUUUUCUCCUACCACCGGGGAAGCCUACUCCUACGCAAAGCGUCCAACUUUUUAGUCCCAGCAGCUGGCCACACAUUGUAGGCGCAGCUGUCUGCCGUAUUAUACAUCGCUACAAGAGACUUAGGAACGAGGUAGAUGAUAGAUUACGCCAAUCCCGCGACCUCUCGCAACUGACUGUGAAAGAAAGGCGAGAACGCGAAUCCAUAUCCUCUGGCAGGGUGUUUUCGGAAUUUAUUUCUGGUGGGGUGGAUGAUGGAUCGGUGGAACAUGCACUCGAAACGCUUUGUGCAGGAGGCAACUAUUUGGAGCUGACACCUUCUGAACGUCUCAUGGUGCUGCGCAUCCUGAUCGAAGCAGCAUACGACACCAAUAGAGUGUACGAAGUAGUAUCUUCAAACCACAGCCAAAGAACCAAUGCUAUGAAAGCUUUGGAUGUAGAACAACGCAGAGCAAAACGCGAAGCUAAGGAAAAGGCCUCUGCCGACGUAACUACUGCAAGGAAAGAUCUUGCCAUGGAAGCUCGACACAACUUUCUUGAAGAGAAGCGAGAAGAAAUUAGAAAACUGAACGAAAACAACCAAGAGCUUACCGCAGAAGAUAUUGAUACACUAACGGAACAGGAUAUUCUUGAUUUCGAUGAAGACAUCAAAGCCGACUUUGAUGCACUCCCUACUCCCGAAAGCUUCAAGAAAACCGAAGUUAUGGAACGCGUGGCGAAACUACAGGAGGCAGCUGCAUUUGAGACAGAGCUUCUCAUCGUUGUGACCAUGGAUGAGCUUCUAGAGAGAGAGAGAGACAUGCUUUUAGCGAUGGAAGAGAACUUGAAGGAACUAGGGGGAGAAGAUGCCCUUAUGAACCCAGAUGUAGAAAGAAGUCUUGUUAGGAGAAUAGAAAAGUUAAGACGUGAUAUACGCAGGGCCGAAGAAUCGGCCGAGUAUCUUCCUGAUAUACGAAAUCAGGCCAUAGAAAAUCUGAAAGAAGCUAUGCUUGAUGGCACGAUAAAAAGCCUUAGAGGUGCAAUCCGCACAGCAAAGACUGCGAAACUCUUUGGUAACGACGACGACACGAAUGGGAUUUGGUCGUUAGACAUCGUCCGUGACGCCCACAUGGAGCUCGAGAAUGCAAAACAAUUGAAAAGGGUGGCUGAUGCUCAGAAAGAUCUUGUUUCGAAGCUAAACAAGUGCUUCAUCAGGACUGAACCUCUCGGAUACGAUAGGUUUCGAAAUCGUUUUUGGCGAUUUGAAAGCAGUGAUCAAUCCCAUGUAUGGACGGAAGUAAACCUUGCAUUGGAAGGUUCUGAUUCUAAUCUGACGAAUAAGCAAGGAUUUAUCGACGUGGUUUCAGACCCCUCGAAAGUUUUCGUAGGUCCACGUGAUUACGAGGAGGACUUUCCCCCUAGUCCAACAGAAUCUAAUCCAGAAUUUUUGUUGUUUGGUAGACAAGAAUACCACCAUUCUGGUACCAGUGCUUCUCUAGCGACACGGGAAUGGGGAUGUCACGUGAACGAAUCCUCAAUCAGAGCCUUGAUGAAAGGUCUUGAUAGUCGUGGUAUCAGAGAAAAUAACUUGAAGAAAAGUCUAAAAGAAGCCCUCGAAGAAAAGACAACAAGUGGUGAAGGGGCGGUAGAGAGUAAGGAGCAAAUUGGAGAUGCAGAGGCAGGAAAGACAGACGAUGUAGAGAAUCAAGAUCAGGAGCACGAUGGAAAAGAGAAAUCCCAUCAAACUGGUGGAGAUGAAGUCGCGUUCGAAAGCGUUAAAAAUUCGGCCCUAGCCGCUCCGUCGAAAUCGAUCGAAACCGAUCAAAUAGAAAAACUGCAGCCCUCUGCGAUCGGAGAAAGAGUCAGAGUCAGAAUUGCUGUUGAUUCCAACAAAGACGGAGAGAUUUGUAGGUACGAAGUAGCGUCAAUAAUUGGAUGGAAAACAAGAAUGGRCCAGGUUCCAGUUGAAAAAGAUGAAACUGAAUUUGAGCCACAAUUACAGACUGUUCCUACGCAUUUAUGGCGUGCAUGGACCGAAAACGGGAACGAGGUGUGGUUGACUGGGAUAGAACUUCUCGAAAGCAUAUGUCGCUAUCACAAGUGGAAACGAAAAGAUGCACAUUAUUUUGAGCAUGAUGCUGCCUUUCUGGCUUUCAGGAACAGUUUAGGGCGACAUUGCGGCAAAGCUGCUGAUGCUCCUCAUGCAAUGACUCCGAUUCGUUUUGGUCAAUACAUGGUGAAGGUCGAGGCCGAGCUCUAUCAAAAACUGAAGGUUUUGACUUACGACAACAAUUGGGGUGGGAAGAAUGGGUCAAGGAAUACUUGGAUUACAUCAAUGAGAGAAUAUAGUUUUGAGUUCGAGACAGUCAAAGAAGGGCUACUAACACUCGAAAACGCAUUUUUCGAGCUAAUUGGUGGCGAAUUCGAAGAAGGGAGCGAUUCCACUACAUCCGGAAAAGAGCUGCUGAGCAAUCCAAACACAAGAGAGCAUAUCGAGCUCGAGUCGAUCGAAACAAAUGUUUCUAGUCUUUGGAGCUCGAAAGAUAGUCGAAACGUCUUCAUUGAAAUCGUUUCUAGUGAGUUUURCGUUCKUUGGAUGCUGUGAGUCUUUCAAGCCGAAUGAUUUACACYAUGUUUCUCAAACUUUUGAUUUUUCCGUGUGUUCCUUUGCGAGCAGAUUCUAAAACGGUCGGGUUCCUAACGCUAGCUUUCGAAUUGAUGUGUCGCAAUACGAGGAGUUACUUGACCGCGAACGGAGUGAAGGGGACGAAAACCUCGUAUGUUUCUACACAAAGUGUGUACGACCAAUACGCUGCCCGCCCGAUGCGAACCACCCGUCGAAUGAAUGCUUGGCAGCAGUCACAAGAAGACGAUUGGGAAGAGCCAAGAUUGGGUGCGGUUCGAUCUACUCGACGAGCUAACGUAAAUUAUGCCGAAGAUUGAUACGACACGGGCGAAGAUAAAUGCAGCGAAUAGUC